CUCAUUUUUGCCUCAAAUAGUUUCUAACUGUUGCCAAAGCCCUUCCCCUUUUUGCAGGGAGCUAAAGGAAGCAUGACUCAAGGAAAAGAUGAUUAUCUGAGCUGCUGAGAGCUGGGAAGCAGCGGAAGAAAGGAUAUGUUGAAGGGUUAUUGUUAAGUGUGUUGUGGAACUACUUUUUUUUAGUGUGUAACUUUCCUUUGACAGGGUGCAUACGUUGAAAAUGGUCUCCUGUCUUCUAUGGCCAUUGCGUUAGAUCCAUGACUAAUGAGAAGCAGAUUGAUGGUCUGGAUGGAGAGCUCAAAGUCAGCAUCUAAGCUUCUCUAAUGGUGGAAGAGCCGUAUUCUUCGUAGUGAUAUUGUUCUCCACAAUCUGAAGUGGACAUGCCAUCUCAUCUGGACACCAUGAACACAUCAAUGGAAGCACCCUCCAAUGACACCCCAAUCUGCUACUCCAUUAACAAUCCUCCAUUUAAGAUUGUCCCCACCAUCGCCUCAGCUUACUUCUCUUCCAUCUUCAGUGUGUUGGGUAUCACCUCCAAUCUCGUCGCCUUUGUGGUUCUCGUCAAAUCAUUCCAACGGACUCACAGCAGCUCGCGUUCUUCCUUUCUCAUUUUCCUGGGUGGCCUGGUGGUCACUGACUUCAUGGGUGUGGUGGUUACAGGCAGCAUUGUGGUCUCCUUUCAUGUGACACACUUCAACUGGCGUAAUUUAGAUCCACACUGCCAUUUCUGUAACUUCAUGGGCAUGUCAAUGGUCUUCUAUGGACUGUGCCCACUGCUGCUUGGUGCUGCUAUGGCUUUGGAGCGCUUCAUUGGCAUCACCCGUCCAUUUGCACGUACCACCACCAUGCCCAAGAAGCGAACAGUCUUCAUUUUGCUGCUGGUGUGGUUCAUUGCCAGCUGCAUAGCGUCGCUGCCUCUGACCGGAGUCGGGAGCUACCACAUGCAGAUACCUGGCUCUUGGUGUUUUUUCAACAUUAGUUCAGAGGGCAGUGACCUGACCUUCUCUGUGCUCUUCUCCAUGGUCGGGUUGACAUGCAUUGCGGUGUCCUUUGUGUUGAACACCGUGAGUGUUGUGACGCUCAUCAAGGUGUGCUGCGGACAAGAUAAGAUGCAACGUCCCCGAGACCAGGAAGUGGAAAUGAUGGUGCAGCUUAUCCUGAUCAUGGCCAUCGCUUCCAUCUGCUGGUGCCCGAUACUGAUUUAUAUUCUGGUGAAUUCUUCGACUGGGGAAGCCGUAAAAGGUGAAAGUAUUUUGUUGUACAUACGCUUGGCCACCUGCAAUCAGAUACUUGACCCCUGGAUAUACAUCAUGUGUCACCUUUCCCGAAUAAGGCGAGUGAAAUGUGAAUGUUAGAUGUCUCGCAGAGUUUCAUCAUAAUCAUCAGUCACCCCACUUAACAUCGGUCUGGAACUCCACCAAGCCAAACAAACCAUGAGGUCAUUCAUUUAUUCAAUGGCCGUUCUCCUCUAACCCACCAAAUUGCUGGGUUAGCCAUUGUCUCAUCUUUUUGUGGUGCUGCUGCUGUUUGUUUAUACUUGCUUUUUAUGUCCUGUCAUUUGUUAAAGGCUUGUUACACAGUGCUGUCUUUUAUCAUGUGGAAAAUAUGUAAACUGUAGCAUCCCAUUUUUCAGCGUUUCAAAUAAUCUAUGAGAACAAUAUUGCAUGACUGUUUUGUAUGUGUGCUGCAGUGUAUUGUCAAACUAGCCUCAUUGUCACUUGGCAUGGAUAUGGCUGCUGUUCCAAUGAGUAACUGCUUGUCGUAUUUAUGGUAAACUGCAGACAUACAAACUCUUGAUCUCUGUGGCAUGUCUGCCCUACCAAAGCUGUAUUUUUAUAUUACCGUAUUUUCCGGACUACAACCUUGUCCUUAUAUAAGGCGCACCGGACUAUAUUUUAAAUAAUGCAAUCAAAAGUUAAAAAUAAUUAUCUCAACUUUUAAUUAUCAAAUGACACACUUAUUAAUGCUCACAGAUAGUUGCUAAAAGUGUGUAGGAUUCAUGUAAUCUUUUCAAUACUGUAUUUUCCGGACUAUAAAACGCACCUGACUAUAAGGCGCACCAUUAAUGCAUCAUGUCAGAUUUUUAAUCCAAAUCAAAUCAUUUUGCAUUUUAUCUUUUUUAUUUUAACUUCAGACGCAACAAAUUACUUUAUAAUCACAAAAUAAUGAUCCAUAGUCUUGUUGAUUCAUGAUUCAUAGUCUUCAGCAGGCCACUUAUGAUUGAUUUCAUGACACAAUGCUUCGGGCCAGUUUAAAUUUAGGAAUUUGGACCAUAUAUAAGGCGCACCGGACUAUAAAGCGCACUGUCGGCUUUUGAGAAAAUUUUAGGUUUUUAGGUGCGCCUUAUAGUCCAGAAAAUAUGGUAAUCCAUCUAUCCAUUUUCUGAACUGCUUCAUGUCAUCAAGAAUGCCAGUUAACUGUGCAAUUCAACAAUAACAAAAAGCCGCUGUGGAAAGGUUAAUCCAACAUAAUUGUCAGGCCACGUUAAUUUAUUGCCAAUCCAAUUAAUUCCAUCAAUUUCAUUCUUAACUCUCAUUUCUCAUCAUACUUUGUGCUUGUUCAUUUUGUGUCAUUAAUACAAGUGUGACUUCCCCGGUUGAAUUAUCACCACAUCUAUGGUACUUAAUUUAUUAAUGCUGAUUUGUUUUGUUUCCUUCCUCCUC